AUGGGGCAGGCCUCGUCCGCGCGCAGCCGGGGAACCAGCGCCAGUGCUAGGGUUUCGCUUCCGUUCCUGGUGGAUGAGGUGACGGGGUUGCCGCUGAUCGAUUGCCCCAGGUGCGGGGACGUGAGGCUGAUUACGCUCACCUGCAACCACACGAAAAAUCGCGGCAAAAGGUUCUUCAAGUGCCCCAGGAACCACGAAGGGGUGCCAUGGUCAUGCCGAACUUACUUCUUCCAGCCAGAGUAUGAGAAGUACCUGCAGAAGCGUGGGUAUUUGGACGCCGUCCCUGACCUGACGGAAGUAAACUAUCUGAACUUGGGAAUGGAAGAGUCUAGAUCAUUUUCACUGGAAGUUCCACUGAAGUUGAAGAACCUAUUUGGCUACUGCAAAAACUGGGAUACAUCAGGUGCUCUUGAAUUAGAUCACAUAGCAGAACUAAGUGCUGGAGUGGAAAUGCCCAGAAUUGGAGCAAGACUACAUGCCAGGAUAUCAUUUCUAUCAGAGGAUUGGUUGAAGUCUUCACUCAAAGAGCACAUUAUGGGUGUUUCUGUUGGCUUGCUCUCCACCACGAAUCAUAGCCUUGCUUACAACCUGAUAUGGCGAAAUUUAACAGAUCCAGCAUGCAUGUCAUCCAAUUCCAUACAAGAGCAUUUAGGACAUAGGCUUUUGUCCUCUAUUAAGUAUGUGUACAAGGAUGACCAGAGGGACUCAAGCAUAAGGCCUACACGUGGGUAUGCUUAUUUGUCAUCUUACCAAGUUGGAUGCCUUGCACCAGGAAGCAAAGACUCAUGGUGUCUUCGUAAGGAAGUUGAUCUUCGAGUGGCUUUCCCACUUGGUGUGCUAAAUGGUGCUCUCAAUGCUGUCAUGGCUGCAGGAGUCUUCGUUCCUCUGGAAAGGAGAUCCACAAGAUCUAUUUUACCACUUUCAGAAAGAUUUUACUUGGGUGGUAACAGGUCCCUUGUUUGCCACUUGGGUGUCCAAAAGGUCUGGAGCCCAAAGACUUUGGAACCUCUGGCCCCAAUAAUUCCAAGGAUGGUGCUUCCACUUCUCCUGAGGGAGCUGGGAAUUCAUGGCCACGCAUUCAUUUCUGCUGGAAAUCUUGCUAAACUAAGAGAGCAUGGUCGUGGGAAGUUUUCCCUUACUGACUUCCUACAGACAUUCAGAAGUUCUGCAUGA